GCUGCGGCGGGAUGAAGCACGGUGGUGUGCCCGGCGGUAGCAGCGGGCAGCGAGUCCCGCCGCGUGGAGCAGGCGGUGAUCGGGGGAGACAUGGCCGGGCUGCUGGAGGAGUACGGAGCUCGCAUGCAAGAGCAGGAGAAAGAAAUCAGGUCCCUUAUUGCUGAAAUUGAGAGUUUAAAAAACCCUGUGAUACUAGAUUACUCUUUGGGACUGGGCGAGAUGUUAGAGGAAAACACCAAACUCAAGUACCGAUUAAAUGUUCUCAAGCGGAGCCUACAAGAAGAGGAGAGCAAAAUAGGGACCAGCAUGAUAAAUAUCAACCAGCGUCUACAGAACAUUUUCAGUGUUGCCAUCAAAGUUGCCUAUCCGCAUCUUGAAAACCCACCAUUAGCAGUCACACCAAGCCAGCAUUCAAAAUUUGGAGAUUACCAAUGCAACAGUGCCAUGGCAAUAUCUCAGCUAUUGAAAGCCAAAGGAGAGAAGAUUGAUCCUACAGAGAUUGCCAAGCAAAUUAUCAAUAACAUUCCAAAAAAUGAUAUAAUUGAAAAUGUUGAGAUUGCCGGACCAGGUUUUGUCAAUGUUCAUCUCAAAAGAGAAUUUGUCUCCAAGCUGCUGACAGACCUCCUUGUAAAUGGAGUUCGGCUUCCGCCGGUAGGGCCAAAGAAGAAGGUGGUGGUAGAUUUCUCCUCUCCCAAUAUUGCCAAGGAGAUGCAUGUGGGCCAUUUGCGAUCGACCAUCAUUGGAGACAGCAUGUGUCGCUUGUUUGAAUAUGUGGGUUAUGACGUUUUAAGGCUAAAUCAUGUUGGUGACUGGGGAACACAAUUUGGUAUGUUGAUUGCUCACUUGCAAGACAAGUUUCCAGAUUACCUGAUCGUUUCCCCUCCAAUUGGCGACCUUCAGGCCUUCUAUAAAGAAUCCAAGAAGAGAUUUGAUGAGGAGGAAGCCUUUAAGAAGCGGGCAUAUGAGUGUGUGGUACUGCUACAGAGCCACAAUCCAGAAAUUAUUAAGGCUUGGAAUAUGAUCUGUGACGUUUCUCGGAAGGAAUUCCAGAAAAUUUAUGAUCAUUUGGAUAUAAAGCUGAUUGAAAGGGGUGAAUCGUACUACCAAAGCAUGAUGAAUGACGUUGUUAAAUUGUUUGAGGAAAAAGGUAUGAUACAGCUUGACGAAGGCCGAAAGAUUGUUUUCCCACCAGGAUGCUCGUUGCCCCUAACAGUGGAAAAAUCAGAUGGAGGGUACACAUAUGACACGUCAGACUUAGCGGCGCUUCGACAAAGGAUUUUUGGUGAAAAGGCUGAUAUGAUUAUCUAUGUUGUGGAUAAUGGGCAGAGUGUCCAUUUCCAGACAGUCUUUGCUGCAGCCCAGAUGAUUGGCUGGUAUGACCCCAAAAAGAUCAGAGUGGAGCAUACUGGAUUUGGUGUGGUAUUAGGUGAAGAUAAAAAGAAGUUCAAAACAAGGUCAGGUGAAACUGUGCGAUUGGCUGACCUACUGGAAGAGGGUCUCAAAAGAUCAAUGGAUAAACUAUUGGCAAAGGAACGAGAGAAGGUUUUGACACCUGACGAGCUUAAAGCAGCAAAAGAAGCUGUUGCAUUCGGAUGUAUCAAAUAUGCUGACCUUUCUCAUAAUAGGAUUAAUGACUAUAUCUUCUCUUUUGACAAAAUGUUGGAUGACAGGGGAAACACAGCAGCCUAUUUGCUGUACGCCUUCACUAGAAUCAGAUCCAUAAGUCGACUCGCAAACAUUGAUGAUGCAACCCUGCAGAAAGCAGCUGCAGAAACAGCCAUCCUGCUAAAUCAUGAGAAGGAAUGGAAGUUGGGUAAAUGCAUUCUGCGAUUCCCAGAAAUCAUUAACAAGAUCUUGGAUGACUUGUAUCUGCAUACCCUCUGUGACUACCUCUUUGAACUGGCCACAACCUUCACAGAAUUCUAUGACAACUGUUACUGUGUAGAGAAGGACAGGCAGACAGGUGAAGUUGUCAAAGUGAACAUGUGGCGGAUGCUGCUGUGUGAUGCUACCGCUGCUGUUAUGGCGAAGAGUUUUGCUAUCCUGGGAAUCAAGCCUGUUCAGAGGAUGUAAUUUUGUGUGUUGCCGUUGCUGUUGUAGCCAUCACUAUGAAAACUUUGAUGCUGUGUUUCUAAAUCUUAAAUAAAAACCUAAAAGUAAA